AUGUCCAUCAACAGAAAGAAUCGAUACCCACAGGGCCCUCGGCAUGUCUCUGGUGCGUCACUAGACACCAAUGCCUCUGGUAUUGCAGAGAGCACCAUUAGUCUUGGUCUAUCCAGGUUCCCAGAGCCCCCUUCCUCCAUUCCAUCAACUCCCUUGCGCACAAAUUUUGAAGCUGCUUCACCCAGCAGAAUAGCAUUUGGCUCCCCCUCCCUUUCUCCCAUAUCUCCUUUGCGCAGAGCCCCUCCACCCCCACCACCUCCGCGAGUCCCCGUCAUUCCUUCAACCGACCCUAGUCCUUCAUUAGAUCCUAUAACUGCGUCAUCAUCACAUCCCGUAUCCCUUGCUUCACAACCGGCCUCGUCCAGUGCGUCCGCAGUGGACUGGAAUGACGGUGCAUCUAGCAUUGGCCUUGACGCCGCAGAAGACCGACUGUUGCCUACAUCAUUCAUCACUUCUCUCUUGCAGGAGAACAAGGAACUGAGAAAGAAUAAGCGAUCCUCUUACUCCAGUGAUGCGUUCAGUGGGAUCUCAGAAAUGACAUAUCCUCCUAUCGUGAACCGGCCAGAAAGUAGCAAUAGCCGUUAUGUGUCUGGCAAACCGGGGCCAAAUCAAAGACUCUUGGACAGCCGAUCACCUCCUCCUAGUUCUUUUCCUCGACCGUCCAAGGCCUCAACAAAGUCGUCAAACCGGCAGUCUGAUGGCUCGGACACCCUUCAUUCAAUCCAAGGCUAUCCGUCUAUCGGAAAGGUUGUCAACGGAAAUACCUCUGGAGGUAUGUAUGGUCCCGCGCCACCCUACAGUAAAUCGGCAUCAAGUCAAUUAUCGGCAGGAAGUAUGGGAAGCGUUGAGAAGGGAUAUCAAAACAAGCUAUCCACGGCUUAUGAAGGCGACGAACAGAUUCUGGAGUACGCGAAGGCGCAUGAUUGGCCAGUCCUAACGGAGGCACAACGACGAUCUGCUAGAGAUGACACCUCUAAGGAUCCUCUUGCUCGAGAUUCCGUACAUUCACUGAAAAGCAUGGCGCCGUCAUUUAUGUCAAAGAUAUCCGGUAUUUCUUUGCGACACAUCCUCCCUUGGAGAAGAGUUAAACCACUACCGCCUGUCCCUCUCAUACCCAACAUGACUCUUGCUGCCCAAAAUGCUCAAAGAAAAGAAGAAGAGACUGCCCCCCUUCCAGACCUCGUCAAUCGCGCAGAUAUUCUUCGUGAAAUGUUGGACAACGGGCACCGUCCGUAUGACAGCUCCCAUAAUAGUGUCUAUCAGAGUCUACCUAAUCCUGCCGCUAUGCGGUAUGAUCAAUAUGAAGCCGAGGCCAGAAGACUUGGGUUCCAAGGCGGUAGCGUUCAAACGACUUCCAUUCACGUAGACCCAUCGCCUACAGUUGGCCGCCGGCGUACUAGUGCCCUUGCAUUUGCCUCAACCAAGAAGAAGCGGAUGUAUUUCAUUAUUUCUGUUGUCCUGAUCGCUAUCCUUGCUGCAAUUGGCACAGGUGUCGGUAUCUCAAUAGGGAAAAAGAAAUCAUCUCAACCUAGUUGUACGGAUGCCACUUGCGUUUGCACCUCGACAAGUGGAUGCAAUGGGCUAGCUCAAGCACUUAUAGAUUUGAUACCUAUCGUCAAUCAACAGCUUCAGGCCAACUUCACCGCAUCCUCUGUUUAUUCUAAUAUCUGGAUGAUGCAGGGCAGUCCGACAACUAACAAUUGUGCUUCUCAGGCUAUUUUGGUUGACGUUGGCAAAGGUCUCGACCAGGUCAUGUUUCCGAAUCGUACGCAAUGGGCCCGAGCUGCUAUGAUGUGGAAUGCCGUACAGACUCAGGAUAUGGAUUCAGCGCAGAAAAUGACACAGUUUGUUCAAUCACGUCCGUGGAAUGAUAUCUCCAGCAGCGAUGGUCCGACAGCCAAUUCUGGAGGCGCGUUUUCAGCAACUUUAUCUGGUUAUAAUUAUGAUUUUGCUGCACAAACUGUUACUCAACCAUCUGGAUCGUUUGCUGCCCUUAGUCAAGCUUCUAAGGCUCAAAUAUCAAGGGUCAGCUCAACCGCCCAGGCUGCCUUGGAUCGGAUGUACUCUAUCGCUCAAGCAUCAUCUAUUCAACAACAAACUGCUUUGAAGAAAUAUUGGACUAGCGUUCUGCUCCAAAGGGCUUCCGAUCUUCCUACCUUCAAAAGUGCUUUUAGUGUUGCACCAAUUCUGCUGCCUUUUAAUGCUUCAGCACCUUCAAUACGGAAUCUCUAUUCUUCGUCACCUUCAUCACUGUUCCCACCUCCCUUGUCCUGCUACCCUGGACUAAGUAGUUCUGCCCUCCAGCAGAUUAACUCCGUCGAAACCUCUGUUUUCGGCUUGCAAGCAGCGUCAAGCGCCUCUCAAUUUGAUUCGGCAUGCUAUCCUGAUCGUCCUAUAUAUGGAGUCCUUGACGUCCUGCGUCUAAGGUUGCCAUUUCUGGAUACGCGAUCAGGAGUUGUCCGAGAGGCAGCGGUGCUUACGCGAGAUGCUACCUCGAGGGCGGUUAUUUACAAAGGAGAACUUUUGAGCACUCUGCUCAGCGGUUCGUCUAGUAAUACUGCUCCGUUUACGCCUGCUCAAUUGGACCCGCGUCAAUUUGGAACCAUUAGCUUGGCAGACCAUGUCAUUCUCCAAUAUCUUUCGUCUAUUCCAGAUAUCACCAUAACCAACGCUCUCGUGAGGUUUAUCCUCGAUACUGCGACAAAACCCCCUGCACCACCUGAUAUCUCAUCUUCAUUAUAUCAGUCGCUGCAAUCAAUCCCAGCGCUAGAAGUUGCUAUAUUUGGUCAGGUUCCUCCUUCUGACCUCACUUCAACCGUGGCACCUUUCACAAACCCCUCCGGCUCUUUCUUUUUCGGGUCUGAUGAUGCAUCUGCUCUGAGAAACUGGACUAUUAAUACCGUUAGUGGGUCUGUUGUUUGGACCCAAAAUGCAACAUCACCACUUAUCGUCCGUGAUAAGUCCUUGAGCAACACCACCAUUACUCAAACCUGGAACGCCAUUUCUCUUGCUAUUACUCAUAACAUACCAAAUAUCGGACUCGCCAACAUCACUACAACAUUUACCAACACGGGAGAUUUCUCUAUAUCAUAG